AUGAAAAGCGAUGAUUACGACACUUCAGCGCAGGAAACAAACACUAAUGAGCCGUUAAAUAAAACGGACAGCGAAUCCGAUGACGAUUAUGAAGACAAUCGGUGCUCAGAGGACGAGAUAAUUGACAAAAUGAUUGAUAUAAUGACUCCCGAAGACUACGCCGAAGGCAAGGCUACCGUCAGAUAUAAUACUAAUACCAUUCGCGAAACGGUUGCGGCCGUCAGUCGUUUGGGAAUUCUUGACGCCCAGCCAUCGUUUCAAAUGACAGUAACUGAACUAGGUGGUCCGAGUAUUGGUAAUUAUGAUCAAUGCUUAAGUAUUGUCAGUACUGAAGAAGUGGAUCAACCGGUGAUCAAAGGACAGUACUGUGCAAUGGAUACCAACUUUUUAUUAGAUGUAAAGAAAGAGGACAUCGAAGGAGGGGAUGAUUUGGAAACGAUAUUCAAUAAAUCAAUUGUUGCCAAAAAUUUAAUAACUGGUCUCAUCGGAGCGUUUGUGCCGAUUGUUAUUUCCCACAUGAAAGUAAUCAGUGGUUUCUGUUUGCCCACCACUUGUAGACCCGAAGACCUGUCCGACGCUAUCAAUGAAAUCAUGUAUCCGAUCACUCGAUUGCCCAUUAAAUUUCAAAAUGAUUGUGAAUAUAGGGAUAAACCAAUUAAAUUGGAUAAACAACAAAUGAUUGCUAUUCUAAUAUUUGCCACAUUAACACUUAUGAUACAAAAUGUCAUCGAAAAUGUCAACAAAGAUAUGAUCGUCUCUCCUAUCCGUCCGCCUAAGUACUUGCGCCUAUUGCCAAUGAUUGUCGCGGGGGAGAAGGACCGUUUUGGCCUAGUGUCAAAACUUUUAUAUCAGACCCAUGUUAUGAUCGGUGGUACUCGUCUGCCGACUUCCAACUCUAUGCAUUGUCUCCGUUGGCAUUCCUCGCGCUCUACAAAAUGCCCAGAUUUGGUGUUCUCUGGAAUGUCUUCCUAUUGGCGAUCGGAGUAUCCAUUCCUCUCAUUCUGCGCUUCGGUCUCUCUAUUCCUCACAUUUAUGAGGGAUUUUCCACAGACUCUACUUCUUCUAACAUAA